CUGCCACCUAGUGCAGUCCUCGAAUAUCUCGUUAUGACUGGUACUACUGACUUACCUAAAGUUGUAUUUGUACUGGGACCUCCAGGAUGUGGCAAGGGAACGCAGUGCGCCAUGUUACAGAAGGCAAUGAACGCAUCUUUGUCAUCAAAAGCAUUCUUGAUCGAUGGUUUCCCGCGUAAUCAGGAUAACCUGGAAGGAUGGGAACGUGAAAUGGCUUCAAAAGCAAAAGUCCUUUUCGUCCUGUAUCUUCAUUGCCCAGAGGAAAUUUGUGUAAGAAGAUGUUUAAAUCGAAAUGAGGGGCGAUCGGACGACAACGAAGAAUCGCUGCGCAAACGGAUUAAAACGUACUGUACACAAACCCUACCAAUAGUUGAGCAUUACAGGACGCAAGAUCUUGUUCGAGAAGUGUCAGCAUGCGGUGCACCGGAGGAAGUAAGUGUUUCAGGAAUCACGAAAUUCAUUUAA